CCAUUGUGACGUCACGGUCAGCCCACGCCGGGGGUUGAAGCUGCCGGGCGCCUUCCUCUUGCAUCGCGGCUGCAGCUCGCUGCUCUUCCCGCGUCCGCUUGCACAUCCUCCUGCUCGCGCGGUCCUGCUAUCGCCUGGUGCUGCUAGCCGCCGCACAGACCGAGAGGUUUUAAAAUGGAACAUUUCGAUGCAUCACACAGUACCUAUUUCAGGGCAUUACUGGGCCCCCGAGAUACAAGGGUGAAAGGAUGGUUUCUUCUGGACAAUUACAUUCCUACGUUCGUCUGCUCUGUCAUUUAUUUACUCAUUGUGUGGCUGGGACCAAAAUACAUGAAGAAUAAGCAGCCGUUCUCUUGCCGGAGAAUUCUAGUGGUGUAUAACAUUGGACUCACCUUGCUGUCUCUGUAUAUGUUCUAUGAGCUGGUGACAGGUGUGUGGGAAGGCAAAUACAACUUCUUCUGUCAGGGAACACACUCGGCAGGAGAGGCAGACAUGAAGGUCAUCCGUGUCCUGUGGUGGUAUUACUUCUCCAAACUCAUAGAGUUCAUGGACACCUUCUUCUUCAUCCUCCGCAAGAACAACCACCAGAUAACAGUCCUUCAUGUCUACCAUCACGCCACCAUGUUCAACAUCUGGUGGUUUGUGAUGAACUGGGUUCCCUGCGGCCAUUCUUAUUUCGGUGCGACACUCAACACCUUCAUCCACGUCCUCAUGUACUCGUACUACGGUUUGUCCUCUGUUCCUUCCUUACGUCCCUACCUCUGGUGGAAAAAAUACAUCACUCAGGGGCAGCUGGUCCAGUUUGUGCUGACAAUCAUUCAGACGAGCUGCGGACUCCUCUGGCGGUGUAGCUUCCCCCUCGGGUGGCUGUAUUUCCAGAUCGGGUACAUGAUCUCCCUGAUCACGCUCUUCACAAACUUCUAUAUUCAGACUUACAGCAAGAAAGGGGCCUCUCGGACGAAAGAGCACCUGAAGGGCCACCAGAACGGGUCCAUGGCUGCCGUCAACGGACACAGCAACAGCUUCACUUCCCUGGAAGGCAGCGCGAAGCAGAGGAAGCAGAGGAAGGAUUGACACGGCGGAGCCGAACCCUCCAGACCACGGCGUGUGAUUGUAAGCACAGUAUGAGUUGUGCCCUGACGCUCGUAACAGCUGCUGUCAGUAGUCCGGCCGACUGUAGUGUGAUUUAUGUAGGACCUUUCUCAUCAGUUCAAAGCCCCUAGAAUAUGUAUACAGAUUAUACAAGUAGGCAAACAACCUCUCACCUUUCUGGGCUCUCCUCGACCCUGCGCUAGACUGUGGAAAGGGAGUGUUAUUGUAGUAUACGACACUGCUGUUGCCUUAUUAGUUCUAACACGAUAGGUGCUGAAUUGUGGUUCACAAUUUAAAACACUGUAAUCCAAACUUUUUUUUUUUAAGUGUAGACCAUGCAUGUGAUUGUGAAUGUAAAUUUGUACGAUGUUGUUAACAGUAGAAAAACACACAUGCCUUAAGACAAAAAAAAAAAAAAAAAGCAGGGCCCAAA